UUUCUUACACUCGAAAACACUAACUCCAGCCUUUGCGUCCAGGUUCUUUGCUCUGCGUCAGGAAGUCCUCUGGAGGAUCGUUUAAUCGCGUCAUAAUAGGCAUGCAAUGUUAUCCACUCCCGCAUGAUGUCCUCUCUUAUCUGACUUAUCAUUCCAAUACUCGCCACACGCCAAGUGCGUAGAGCAAGGAAGUGUUUAGCAUCGGGCUCCACACGUUAUCGCCACGCCAGUCACUCAGCGGGGACGGCAGAGUAACUGAUAACUAAUGUUCGACCACCGAAGAUGUGUACAUUUGUAGCGCGACAAGCGACAACAUGGUCUUAUGGAGCAACCAGUGGGUAUGCCUAAACGCCGUACCGGCGCGCUAAUGCGAAAGUGGCGAGAUAACGCAAAGUAACUUUCAUCAAGCAGGCGCAGGUGUCGAGCCUGAACAGUAAAUACUGAAGUGAAGAUAGCGCGUUGAAAAUAAUGUGAAAACAACACAAAGAGAAAGCAGCACCGCCGGCAGGAUCUAGGAGUCGUAGUACUGUAGAUCUACACAACUGCUAAGCUCUAUUCCCUCUAGCUGCCUACAGAAUGAUUGGCUGCGGGCAUGGCCAAGUCGUCGCACGACGCGCUUGUGCCUUCGUAAGGUCAAGAGGUCACACUGUACUGACACCUCCUGGUUGCGCAGCGCAGGUUAGAAAAUGCAGCGCGCUGUUCCUGACCUGGGCUGAGGUGCAAACGACUUGAACUACUUUGCAAUACCUGACUCCCAACUGGACCCAAGACCUGUCGUGUUAUAUUUCGAGUUUUCAUGGAAGCCCUCAAGGCUUCAGCGCGCCCUACAUGCAAAGAACGGAGUUCAUGAGCCAGCGCUGCGCUUGUGUCUUAUACUAGAAACUGGUGAAAUAGUGUUUUCCAGUAAGAGUAGCACCAAACUUUUAGUUCAGCCGGUAGCAGGAAUAUUUCACUGCACGUCAGUUUGAGAGAAACGGUUCGCGCUCCCAGCUCAGCCUGGUUCUUGAGAGAUGCUUGUGCUGGCAGUGUUGGGACUGCACUUCGCGGCCACUAAGAACCCCUGGACGUUCGUGGCUCUCAUCGCCAGCGUGGUAUUCGUGCGCAGCGUACAUGGCGCGUGCCAGCCAGGUGCCUACAUCCACGUGGAGUACGGCCCGGGAGGAUCGUCCCGGGCCAGCUGCAACCCUUGCCCGCAGGGCACGCACCAGCCAGGGGCGGGACAGCGCAUGUGCAUACCGUGUCCAGUGAACAGCUACAGUGCUGUGGGCAGUACACAGUGCACCUGCACCAACCAUCCAGGAUCUCCAGCUGACGUGCAUUGCUUGAACUGUGCGAAUGACUUCAGCCCGACCUUGAGCCCAGUUCACGUUGAGUGGCUGAUCUUGGCGGACGCUUUCCAGAGGAUGAGCCUGGCCAACAUCGACCUUCACAUCCACGAUGGCGACACGGGCGGUACACCGUGCAGCCACGUUGAUGUGGCGUUCGCAAGGAACACGUCAGCGCAGACAAGACGCUUCUUCUUCAUCGACACCAGCCAGUCUACCUCUACACAGCUGGUCAGACUGCAGCAUCGCAGUCAAGGCGCUCGUCACAUCGUCACCGGGCACUAUCGGCUGCAGCUGCUGGCUCGUGAUCGCGGUGUACCACCCAGGGAGGUUACCGCCACCAUCGGUGUCAAUGUAGUGGAUAUACGACAGGCGGGCGUGCAUCCACUACCUGCUCGAAACUUGGUCGUGUCGAAUCAAGUUAAUCCAGGUGAUGUAGUCACGCAGUUCCGGGCCAGCGGAACUGCAUUGAAAGUUCCCAUCGUGUGGGUUCUGGGCUGCUGGGCUGCAGUGCGCUGUAAUGCUGAUACGUACUUCAUGAUCGAGGCGGAGACUGGAAUCGUGUCUGUGAAGGUCUCGUUACGGGCACUGGCCGGGGAGGAUAUCGGGUUUGCGGUCAUAGCCAAAGUGGGUGCCGUGUUCGGGAGCGGCGGAGCGCGCAACAUCUCUUUCCGCGUGAGCGCGCACGUGCGCGAGAGCUGCGGGGGCAUGCGGGCCACGUUCGACCGCUUCACAAGGAACUGCGCGUCUCCCGUUCCGCCCGUGUCCCGUCAGGGUGCCAUGACGGAUAGCGGAAUGCCUGGCGUGCACGCUCGCUUCAUCGUUCCCCAGUCGGGUCUCUUCUCACGCAUGGCCAUGCUCCGCAUGAACCCGAUGAUCAUUGCGGAGCCUUCCAUGGCCGGUUUCAAGCUCUUCGACGACAAGAAAGGCAUAGAGCUUCUUGCCCUCGGCGAUCCGCAGUUCGAAUGCGAUGCCAACCUGAUAUGCUCGAUAAAACUCUCGCCGGCACUGAACCUCACCACGAGCGACCGCAUUCGAGCACACUUUGAGGGUCUCAGUGAGGAGCACAUCCGCGAUGUUCGCCUGAUCGGCUACAAGUAUAUGGACAGUUGUCAUUUGGCCGCCGAGCUUAAUCCGCAGUGUAUGCACUCCUACACUCAGUUGCAGGAGGAGAUGGCCGCGGAUCAUCGGCAGAAUCAAGGACAUUGCGCCGGGGAGCUGGUGCAGCUCGGUAACGUGCUUCACGAUUACUACAAGAGCUGUCAGCCCGUAACCCCUGUAAUACAGAUAACACCGUAUGAAGAGGUACACAUCAGUCGAAGUCACACGGCCCAGCUGCACUGUCACGUGACGGCCAAUCCCGUUGCCACAGUGAAGUGGCUGGACCCGGUCGGCAACGAGCUGGCGUUUCCGCUGCAGCUCGACCCGACGAACGCAAACGCCAUAGUUGCCACGGUAACUGUCAGCCGUCCCGGCGUCUACGUGUGUACAGCUGCUAACUACCUGGCACAAGUCAGAGGCAGUGUCAGCGUGUUUGUGCAAGAUGCUCCGAUGGCCACGGCGUAUCCCCAGCAGAUCACGGCGCUGGAGGGCGACCCACGCCUAGUCAGGUUUGUAUGCAAUGCCACUGGCCAACCACCUAUCCAGUACUCAUGGAGACGUGCAGACGGCAGGAUGAUUAGCCAACGUGCAUUCUCAACAGGCAACGUUCUGGCAUUCCGACAGCCCCGAGGCGAGGAUACUGGCGUGUAUAUAUGUGAUGCGUACAAUCCACGCAUUGCCAACCAGAAGUUCCAGACCAGCUCAGCACAAGUGACCCUGACUAUACACAAUCUGCCGGAUCUGACCAUUCAGGAGCCAGUUAUUGCCGUGGCCGAUCGUCCACUCACUUUCUAUCUGCAGACAGAAAUCUACCCCAAACUGCCAGUGUACACAAGUCGAUGGUCAGUCUUCAGGGCGCGGCAGGACUAUCCUCUUCCACCACACAUCCAGCCUACACAGAACGGCCUGGGAUUGCAGAUCCCGACUCCAAAGCUCACGGACGCCGGUGUCUACAAGGUGGAAGUCAAGCUGCCGGCCGGCGUUGCUCGUGGUAUUGUCAAGCUCGACGUUCACAGUGCACCGAGUAUCGUUAUCAACGCGCAGAAGAACGGCUAUAGUGCCGUGUUGACAUGUCAAGCUACGGGUGUUCCCCUGCCCACGGUGCAGUGGCUAAGCAACGGCAUUCCCAUGCAGCCACGGCGAGCGGUCAUGAGCAGUGACACCCAGGCGAUGGCUGAAGUUGUCGUGAACCACGCCGGUGACUACUCCUGCCACGCCACAAACUACCUGGGAACCGGAUCACAGAGCAUGAGGAUCAGCGUUACCGAGUUGCCCGUAGCUCCACUCAGCGUAACAACAUCCCGCGUCACUGAGUCCGUGCUAGCGCUCAGCUGGACCGAGCCACGUGAUUCACAGCUGGCGGAUUCUCUGCGCUUGCAGGCCCAGGUCGUGGCAGUAAAGCAGAAGGAAAGACAGCCACAGGAGGGAAAUCCCACGCACAUGCCCACAGGAGCAGAAAUCACUCAUACCGUUCCAGCGAACGAAACGAUGGCAACAGUAACCAUGGCAACUGAAAGAGAUCACAACCAGGAUCUCAACCAAGGCAUGCACAACAUUGCUUCUGCAAACAAGCAAGAUAUUCCGGGACGGAAGCCGCCUGCCGUAAAUCGUGGAGAUACGCUGAACCCUGUGCCCCUGACUGCCUGGGUGGAUAUCAGCGAGGACAGUAUCGUAAAACAUACACCCACCAGCGGAUUGGUGGACCUGCUGCACGCUCCACGAGCACUUCGAGAAGCCCUUGUCAAUCCUCCACAGCAGCAGCAGCAGCAGCAGCAUCGCAAGCCAGGACAGUCAGAAAACUCUGGUGUCCUUCACCCUCCUGGUGCAGGCAUGCUUGGCGAGCCUGGAUCACAUUAUCAGACUAGUCUGGAGGGUCUAGCACUGCGAUUUCGAGUUUCUGCCCGCAACGCUCAGGGACAGAGUCACGCUAGCCAGCAAUCAGCACCACAACCAGCUGCCACACCAGCAGGAGAUCACAGCCUGUUUAACCUGAAGGUUGUUGUCUCACAGGAGGAUACCACUCCACUGAAUCCCAGCCUUCUGACUUCACAGAUGUCACAGCUACUGGCCGGCUAUGAGACCACUGUCCACCUAUUGGACAUCAGACCACUACAAGGAGCAGCGGAGGCCACGUUUCUUGUUGAGUUGGCGCUGACGUUCUCGCAGCUACAACAUCACCUGCUCAACACCCAGUCGGCCAGUUCCCCAUCGAGCGAGGGCAACCGGACAUUACGGCUGGGACACUUUGACUUGACACCAUUCAAUACAUGCCCCAAGCUAUCAACACGUGCCGAUCCACGCGGCGAAAUCGCAUGGUCAAGCGUACCAGCAGGUGUGACUCUACACAUGCCCUGCCCUGUACCCGGGCCUGUCCCAUCUGGGGAAUCCCCUCCUGAUGCCUACGAUGAGGUCACCAAAGUCGAGCACGAGUUGAUUGAGCAGCGCGAUGGCACUGCACUGGUGGCGAGUUUGCUACCCAACGCCCGCCAUGGAUAUGUAGCACGCAAGUGCCAGCGUGGUGCGACAGGAGGAGAAGCGGAGUGGAGCCCUGCUGUAAGCAGCGGGUGUGAAUACAACAGUCUCACAACACGUCUUCUAUCGGAAAUGUUCACGACCACGACAUCAUUGUUACAGGUCAAUGCCACAGCGUCAGCUCUCUAUGACACUCUUUCCAAUCUGGAAGACUUGAUCUACGGGCAGAAAGAGCUGACUGCUCCAGACGUUCCCAUAGUGCUCAGUAUCCUUGAGAUCACCAUGGAGACAGCGGCAUAUCUGCAGCCAGAGCAUUCGGACCAAGUUGUUCAAAUCCUGAACAGUCUUGUCCAGGCCCGGGGAGGCAAACUGGCACGGAGCAGUGCUGAAUCAGGUCUCAUAGCCACAAGGACCAUGAAUCUCAUUGACACAAUUGCUGUCAAGACUGUCAUGCCGAAGCAAGCCGGUCAAGCCAUUGAACUAUCGUCUCCCAACAUAGUCGUAGAUAUAGUGUGUCAGGGACGACUGCCCCCAUAUCCAGAUAGCCAUGGCGAAAGCACACCAGAGUCUGCCACGGCUGCUACGGAAGACCCCACAUCGGUGAACACCGCUGACGCACGGGAGCACGGCAAGAUCUACAGCUCCGGCGCUGAAGGUAUCGCCAUGUUGCUGCCAGUUGUCAUGCCAACGUCAACGGAUUUAAGCAGCUUCGCUAAGUCCCACCUGAAAUCAACACCUCAUCGAACAAACACAGGAACAUCCACACAGCAGCCAAGCAUGUUGCACGCAACACCAUCUAGUCCAACAGCAAGGAAAGAGCAAACGAUCCGGAAGCAGUCUUCUCUCCAGGCCAAGAGCUCCGCAUCGCAAACGCUUUCGCCAGAGAACAAAAGCAGCGGCAUUCACCCAUACGGUGCUGGCCAUACAGCUCCAUCAUCAGCAGACCAAGUGAUGAAGCACAUAGCUCAUCCAGAGCCACAUGCUGAGCACACCACCGUCGCUGCUAAUAUCGUCAGUGACCAAAUGCAAAACGAUAGCAACUUGCUGUUCACAAUGGGUCCUAAGACGCUGGUGAAGGCUUCAUCCCAAGAGGCGCAGGUCCGUCACUUUCAAGCCCAGAACACCCACGCUGCUGAGCAGGCGGGGGAAAGUCCCCAAAACGAAUGCCAAGGAAACCGCUUGCUGUUUAUCAAGCUGUCCAGUCACCUCUUUCCGGCUUCAUCCGCUGAGCACCAGCCUAACACGCUAGUAUUAAGUCAUGUAUUACAUGCCAAGAUGAUUCCGGAGCGAAGUGAUCAUGAUCAAGUCCACAGGCCUGGGUUCUUCUCAGCAAGACCAAGGUCAAAGAGAUACGCACCCACUGCGGAUACGCCAGCAGCAGAUGUGCCACAAGAACAGGCUGCUGACAGCAACAGAUCAAGACUGAUUGCUCAUCUUGUCAGGAUAGGCGGAGAGGAUGGAAAGUUGCGUUGUGCUCAAUGGAUGGCAGUUGGCGAGGAAGGCAAGGGCUACUGGACGACAAGGACAUGUAGCCUGGAAAUGACUAUCAACGGCACACACCACUGUCACUGCACUGGAGAUGGACCAGUGGCAUUGAUUUCAUUUCCCAUUCUGUCGAUGCCGCGAAAGUACUUCCAUGUCACGCCAAUCAUGAUUUCUCUGAGCGCUCUUGCGACGAUCGUCAUCGUCUUCCUGGUACGCAAUCGUGUGCGAGAGCGCUUCAUCGCCAAAGAGGAGUUCCGCUUCCGUCAGUCCAAGCCUCAGACCAAAGAUUGUAGCCUUGAUCUCAGUAGACCACAUUUCCAAGGUGGCAGCAAUGGAAAUACUUCAUGUAUGACUGCAAAUAAUAAAAUUGGACAUCUAGCACAGCGGGACAUUGAUAACCAGCUCACCGAACAGACAGUAUACAGUGGAAUUUAUCAUCCUGCCUGCACCUACCCAGCCCUUACUGGUGUUGCCAGGAAAACAGCAACAAAGUCAGGACCUCCUGUUCCCCCAGUGCCAGUACCAGCACAUGUGCAACCAGCACUACCGACACCUGCUUCAUCUCCAGCACUAGCACCAUCACCACAGCCAUCACCACAGCCAUCAGUACAGCCGUGUGCACACAAAGAGCGAAGGGAUCUUUCAAUUGCUCCACCAUUACCGACAAGCCGCCAGAGAUCUCAACAAUCGGUGUCCGCCAUAGCACACCACAUGCGUUCCCGAUCUCCCACCAUCAAGAUAACUGGCAAUUGGCAAAUACCAUCCCGUCAUCUGCCUCUACCGCCACCACCCCUGCCACCAACAAGAACACACUGUGCACAUGCUUUGAGAGUGGAAGGUCAGAAUGAGCCAACAGGUGCGCAGGACUUGUGGAAUUCAUGCGUGAACGUGAGCUCUGACUCAUCUAGUAGUGAAGUCACAAUACAGGCACGUCCACCAAUACCCCGUCCAAGACGAUGCCUGUACACACCAGCUGCGGGGACGCGAGAGCAGCAUCACACGUGCUCCACAACACCUUCGGCUCUGCACAAUAAAUCUGAGUAUGACUGGUCAGACGAACACACAGCAAACUGUACAGACUCAACACAUUCAUGUCAGGCUCACUCCGCCGAAGGUCCGGCAAGGAACAGUGAAGCGUUAUCAGCAGUAACCAGUGCAUACAGCAUGACUUCCAGGACGGAUAGUCUCCAGUCGGAUAAUACCGAUUGUGAUGGCACUCUGGAUCAGGAAGAUGAUGAUCCGUUCAUCACCGAGCUUGGCGUAAAACUGGACGCAUUUGGAACUGUUCAGGGUGAUGCAGAUUCAGCUAGAAUGGACCAAGAUCAGCUGACAUCCCGUUACGCUGGGACUCGGCCGGUGCUGUUGCCGAGACAACAGCGCCGUCGUGUUGUGCACCGGCAACAACAACAACAACAACAACAACAACAACAACAACAACAACAACAACAACAACUACAACACUACAGCGACGAGGAGGACGAGCCGAGAUAUGCUCCAGAUCCUCUAGGAGAUGCGAGGGUCAAUGCUGUGCCAGACGCAGGCGAUGAACACUGAGACGCUGACCUAGAAGCAACGCACAUAUUCGAGUACAUCAACAUGACCUUGUCUGAUCUGAUAGUUGCAGUGUAACUAUGCACCGCAUUGCAAGCAGGAUUCUAACUCACUUCCUACACAAUGAUAAGUGCAAACACAAUCGUAUCAACAACGCCAAGAUCCCCCCCCCC